UCCGUUAACUUCAACUCAUCCCACCUUUUUUCUUCUUUCAUUGUACAAUUGUGAACAACCAACUUCCUUUAGUACUGACCAAACUCCAACUUUGGGUUGCGUUCACCACCUCAAAGCCUCCAAUGCUCCCACAUUAGUUAUCCUCACCGCUCGCCCCGUGAAGGUCACAGCACACUCAUCCUCCCUUUCCAACCUCUUCCAAGCAAAGCACCUUUUGGGGGGGGUGCCGGCUUACUUCCCUUAACUUUUGGAAAACAAAUAUCCGACACAACUGCCAACUAGCCUACUCACCAAGCCCAACAGUUGGUCUGACUGAAGUAUCUAAACAAAAUGGUCAAGAACGCCCCUGUUCCUGAUGCCUGGGAGGACGAUGAUUGGGAGUCAGCAGCCGACAAGCUGGAUGGCGGGGCACCAUUGCAGCCUGAGCCUGAGCCGCAGGCACCGAUGAGCAAAGCAGAGCGCCUUGCCCAGCACGCCGAGUCGAAUCGCAAGCUCUGGGAAUCAGCCGAUUCCCCCACGCCUCUAACCUUCCUCGAAGCCCAACCCUCGGUGCCCCUCGCCACGGGCUUUAAGCCUCAGGUCAAGGUUCUCAGCCGUAAGCCUGCGCCCCGGACCAUCGCUCGCCGCGACCCCGUCACCGGCCUGCUCUCUCACCUUUCACUCGCCGACGACGACGCCGACGACCAGCGCGCCGACGCGAAGCCCCAGCUCACCCCCGAGGAGAUCCGUGCUAAGCAGCAGCGCGAACUCGAGGAGAAGCAGCGGCGCUAUGAGGAGGCACGUGCCAAGAUCUUUGGCGAGUCGAACCCCUCGUCUGGUGCGUCAAGCCCCGGGACGACGACCCCUCCCAGAGGUGGCGAGAACGAGAGAGGAGGAGGGGGGCGCGGCCGCGGUAGGGGACGCGGUCGUGGCGGCGGACACCGAGGAAACCACUCGAGUCGACAAGAGGACUAUAGACGGCCCGGCAGCAGUAGAUCCGACGCCGUUCGUUCCGAGAGCGGCCGCGAGCUCUACGACCCCGGCUACGCGCCCCGGGGGGGCGGCUUCGGGUUGCAGAAGCGAGGGGGCGACUCCGGUCCGCAUUCUGGCCGGUCAACGCCGAGGGACGAGGACCAACCCAAACAGGCCAUGCGAGCGCCACGCGGACCGGAUGGGAGUGGAAGAGGUUUCGGCUUCGCCAAACGAGGCACCAAUGAGGGCUGAAUUACUACUAUCCUAUCGACAUGAAAGCUACCAGCCCCCGCCAAUCUUACCCGCCAGCUGGACAACGCGUUCCGUCUCGCUCACCUUGUCCUUGCCCACGUCGCUGACCACUUCGCGAUACGUGGUGAGCGCCAGUCUACUGA